AUGUCAUCGAAAAGGUCAAAGAACCGCAGGGACUCAUCGCCUAAACCUAAAGUCUCACUUCCUCGCUGGGAAGAAGAGCAAGAUGAUUACUGUGACCCUGACAAAUUGCUUCUGUGCCCUUAUGACGCUAAUCAUAAAAUCCGGGCAUGUCGCUUUCCCUACCAUCUCAUCAAGUGCAAGAAGAACAAUCCUCAGCUGGCCAGUCAAUUGUGGACGUGCCCGUUUAAUGCUCGCCACCUUAUGCCCAAACACGAGCUGUCACAUCACAUGUCUACCUGCAUGGACAGGUGCUCUUUAAAUACUGACUAUGCGGUAACUGAUGACACCCAGCGCAAAUUUCAGGUUCCUGUCAGCACCUGGACUAUUCCUGUGUGUGAUGAAGACUGGGACCAAGAGGAGGAAGAGUCGGGAACACCAGCAACACCAUUUGUCUGGGGAAUUUCAACCUCACAAAUCCACAACUCCACCCAAGAUCGGACUGAGCCAGCUACGACCCAAAGUUUGACCCCUGGUGUCAGAGCUCCAAGAGUUCUUCCUUGGAAAUUGAGCAUGUAA